AUGGUCAUGCAUAAUCGCGGGGAUGAAUCUUCGAGACGCACUGUGAGGAAAGCAGAUGCCGGAAGUGGGCAUUCAGAGAGUCGUGAACUGGAAGGAGAGUCAGACGUUUCUGUGCAUGGACAUGUUGAGUCUGCUGAUGUUGAGGCCCAAGGGUUGAAGGGAAGCGACGGUAAAUCGUCGAAAGCAAAAAGAGACGACGAUGGAUCGGUGACGCUACCUACGGCUACGCGGAGAACGGGCAAGACAAGCGGUCGAUCAGCACAGAAAGCCGCCCUAGCUUCGAAGUCGCGAGUCGCGAAGGGAAAGAACACUGCUGAUGAAAAGCACGAUUACGACGAGGACAGUGAGAGUUGGGAUGGAGGGGGCCCUAACGCUGUGCAAGCAACAGCCAUCACGACUGACCAUCUGCAGUCUAUCUCAGAAGCUCACACUUCUACCGCUGACGCUCACACGCAUGGGCCGGGGGAUGCGUCCAGUGAUGCUGACAACGAGUCGAUUGGUGCCGAAGAGGCUCAGAAAACGGGAGCUGAUGAGGGCGGCGUCAUCGGAUCUCAAUCAUCUUCUGUCGCUGGCGAUGCGCACACCGCAGCAGUGAACGACACAGAGAGGUCUCCUGUCGAGACUGAUGUCGAUAACACUGAAAAGCCGCCUCAAGCCGUUGGAGUGGCCGUUGAGGAACAAGCUACUACCGAGAAAGGGGGCGCAUCGGGGUCUGCACUUGCUGAUUUGAACAGGGAGAAGGAGCGAACAGAAGUAGUCGCCACUCCUGGCAUUGAGGAUAGUGAACCUGGUGAAAACCCUGAAAUUCCCCCUAUUGCUGACGAGUCUGUCGCGGGAGAUACGCCCGCUAAGAAUGGUGAACGCGAGUCAGUUGGAGUCGACGGCAACCCUGAAGGUGCAGACGAGACUACAAGAGCAGAAAAUGAUGACGAUAACGAUAUUCUCGUGGAAGCGACGAACGACGCGAUCGCUUCUAGUGACACGGAGGGGGUUGGGCAGGAAGAGUCGAGUCAACCGUCCCCGGCAGUAGAAGCCGCCAAACCGGCUGAAGACGAUACUCUCCCGGCGGACGGUUCGGAGGAGUCUGCGGUGGCUAAGGAAGACUCCGAGGAGAACAUAUCCUCUGAAGACGACGUACCUGAAGAGCCCAAGGCGAAUCUGAUGAGUCGUGAAGAAGAGGUUUGGGGUGGCGCCGGUGAUCCCCCUCGGCCUGCCGGUGAAUUCGAGUCGGAUACCCGGUCGGCUAAGGAUGGCAGGGAGCCGCCGCAUUUUGACGUAAAUGCUACGAGCCCCACAAAGUUCAGAGAACAUGCCAAUUAA